AUGACUGCUCCAUCAUACUGGACGCGCCCCUGGGCUGUCGUCCCGCACAUGAACUCCCUCUUCCUCUUCUUGUUCCUAUUCCGGUACCUGAGGUUCGUCGUCCAUCUGGCAAGUUUCUUCCUCUACCGCCCGUCUCCCACUGCACGGUUCCCAUCGCUGACAGAAAGAGACUGCACAGUCAUCCUUCCCACCUGCGCGCCCGAGGACCCUGCCUUUUCCCGAUGUGUCGAGUCGGUCGUGAGGGCGUCGCCCUCGGCCAUCCACAUUGUGGCUGUGGGCAAGGGGCAAGAGAAACAGGUAUGGGUGACCAUCUUCCCGCUCAUCAGUCGCUUCCCCGGCGUCUGCUUCAGAGUCUCAUCUAUCGCCCAGGCAAACAAGCGGCACCAGAUCGCAGCGGCCCUGCCGGCCGUCGGCACCCCGAUCACGGUCCUUUGCGACGACCAUGUGAUUUGGCCCUCGCCGCACAUCCUGCGGGUGGCGGUCGCGCCGUUCGACGCCGACGCCCAGGUCGGCGGCGUGGGGACCAACAAGAGAGCGAUCCGGCACCCCCACAAGGGCUCGUGGGCGAGGUUCUGGAACGUGCUGGGGGCGCUGUACCUCGAGCGGCACAACUUUGAGCACACGAGCUCCAACGCCGUCGACGGCGGCGUCGCCGUCAUCAGCGGCCGGACGUGCCUCUACCGCACCAGCAUCCUGCAAGACCCGGCCCUGCUGGCCCGGUACGUGGACGAGCGGUUCCUGUGGGGAUUCUGCGGCCCGCUCAACGCCGACGACGACAACUUCCUGACCCGGGCCGUCGUCCGGCGCGGCUUCACCGUCAAGUUCCAGAACACGCCCGACGCCCUGGUCCUGUGCGACGUCGGCGAGUACCCAAAGUUCCUGGCGCAGUGCCUCCGCUGGGCGCGCACCACGUUUCGAAGCAACAUGUGCUCGCUGGUCACGGACGGGGUGGUCGUCUACCGCGCCCAGCCCUGGUCGGUGUACUCGCUCCAGUUCAGCCUGAUGGUCAACUUUGCGCUGUUCUACGACGCCGCACUGGUGUGGACGCUGAUGAGCGGGGCAUUCUCCCCUCCCACGAUGCCGCAGCUUGUCCUUCUCGUCGCGUGGAUCCUCCUCUCAAAGCUCCCCAAGCUCCUGCCCCAUUUCCUCCGGCACCCGGCCGACCUGGUCUUCCUCCCGGGCUACUACGUCUUUGCGUACGCGCACUCGCUGAUCAAACUGUGGGCGCUGCUGACGUUCUGGGACACGCGGUGGUCCGGACGGGAUUUGGACGGCGUCAAUCGCGUCGCGGCCGAGGGUGUCACGGACACUGAUACUGAUACUGAUACUGACACUGUCACUACCGCUGGUGAUACGAAAUAG